AAGUGAUUAAUACAGUUAUAUUAAAUAAUUCAAUAGUGAUAAUUAUCUUGUGAAUAAUUACAUACUAUAAAACGAAGUCGGUGUCGCUGUCUGUCUGUCCCUAUGUAUGCUUAAACCUUUAAAACUACGCAACGGAUUUUGAAGCGGUUUUUUUAAUAGAUAGAGUGAUUCAAGAGGAAGGUUUAUAUAUAUAAAUACAGAUUAAUACAUGUAUGUGGGAUGGGUAGCUAGUUUAUACUAAAACAAGUGACGCAAAGAUAAAAAAUAAACAUUCAUUUGUUACACUUAUCUGAAUGUGCUUACGUUAAAGAUCCUACCAAGGGGCGAAGACUGAGGAGAUGCUGUAAAGAAUGAAAACAGCUGUGACAGUACUGCAAGAAAUGAUGGUGAAACUGGACGAGGUGCCCGACUAUGAGUGUGUAGCGCAGUCUGGGCCGCAGCAUCAAAUCAUGUUCGAGUACCGGUGUAAAGCGCUCGGCUGCGUGAUGACAGCUACUGCACGGUCCAAAAAGGAAGCCAAACAGGAGGUGGCCAAGCUGAUAUUGCGCCGCCUCGCCUCCGAUGGCCACGACGUGCCGCCACCCUAUGGACUCUUUGGCAAUGCUGCAUCACAAGCGAAAAGUCGGUUCGAGGGCACGGACCGGCUGGACCCGUCGGAGGCGAGCCCCCUGGGCCCCCUGGGUCCGCUGGGCCCCCGCAGCUACGUGGCGCUGCUGGGCGAGCUGUGCAUGGAGUUCCGGCUGCCGGCGCCCGAGUACGAGCUGGUGGGCGACACGGGCCCGCCGCACCUGCGCCACUUCACCAUGACGGCGCGCGUGGGAGACCACGCCCGCGCCGCCACCUGCACCACCAAGAAGGCCGCGCGCCAGCUCGCCGCGCACCACCUCUACACCUACCUGCGGGAGAACCUCGCGCGCGCCACCAAGGACUUCGAUGAGGAGGAGGCACUAGCUCGAGCUGUUGAGAAAGCGAUGACCAAGAGCACCGAAGUACGAGAAAUAAUGAACAGACCCAAUCUAGGUCAGAAAAUAUCUGAAUACCAUCUAGAGUUACCUUUAAGUUUGGACGAGAGCGCGCUGUCUCUGGGGCGGGAGGCGCUGGCGACCGGCACGCAGCUGCCGGCCGAGGUGCGGCUGCAGGCGGCGGCCAGCGCGCUCGGGCUCGAGCUCGAGUGGAGCCAGCUGGACUGCCUCUCCGGGGGCUCCGUCAGCGUCGUCAGACUCACGCCCACCGAGCCCGCGCUGGCCGUGCCCGGCCGCGACCGGCCCGCCGCCGCCGCCGCCGCGCUCUCCUACCUCCACACCGUGCUCUCCUGAGCCGCUCCCGACCUCUCCGGGGCGCACCGCCCCCGCUGCUCACCGCUACUCACCGCUACUCACCGCUACUCACCGCUAC